GCAGGGAAAGACACCCAGAGAGGACAGGGUACAAAUCAGGUGGCAGAAGAGGGAUCGGACCCAGUGUGCCCCCUCUCACCCCUGAAAAUGGAAUAUCCCAUCCGCCCCGCUGAGCCGCGAGAUUCCCCCCACAUCAUGGCCAUGAUCCAGGAACUGGCUAAAUAUGAGAAAAUAACGCACUUCAUCACGCUGACGGGGGAAGUUUUGCACCGAGACGGCUUUGGGGAUAAUCCGUGGUUCCGGUGUUUGGUGGCCGAGUUACCAGAGAACGAGACGCGUGAAACAGGUGUCCCCUUUGCUGGAUACGCUCUCUUUGCAAACAGUUACAGCAGCUGGACGGGGCGCACGCUGCAUCUGGAGGACCUCUACGUCUCCCCGCACCUACGCGGUAAAGGCAUCGGGAAGAAAUUAAUGAAGAAAGUGGCCGAGAUGGUACCCGUCAUGGUGGAGCAGCCAAUGGCCGUCGCUCAGACAGUAAGCGUGGCCAAAGAGAACGCCUGGGCGACCGGGGUCUGUGACUGCUGCGAUGACUGCAGCGUCUGCUGCUUUGCCUUUUGCUGCCUUCCGUGUUUCCAGUGUAGCACCGCCAGUGAUUUUGGGGAAUGUCUCUGCCUUCCGCUGCUGGAACCGGGAUUCCUGGGGAUGUUUGGUCUCGGCGGGUGCAGCGCUCCGAUCAGUGUGGCGAUGAGAGCCGCGGUCAGAGAGCGCUACAGGAUUCCCGGGUCGAUAUGUAAUGACUGCUGCCUGGUCUGCUGGUGUUACUCGUGCGUCUGGUGCCAGCUCUCCCGCGAAAUUAAGAAGCGCAAACAGACGAUCACCAUGGUAACUGCCCAAACCACCGAGAUGUCAAUACGGCACCCGCAAUUCAUCCAGUACUCAACACUACCCGCUACUGAACCCAAAUCUACCCGCUGAACCCCGACCGUCUGAGCAUUAAAUGAAUCCUGAACAAA